AUGUUGUGGCUAGUGGAGGAAGGAAGCUACGAUGUGAAGACCGGCACAGAGCUCAUGUUGAGGAUGGAUGCUAUUCUCUGCACCACUAACGUUACCCUGUCGGGCUUGAGCAAAGGGCAGCAACCGACUUUUACCCACAAGUCUGUACUGAACCUCUCUCCGAGCAUCACUGCCGCCACGCCGCGAGCGCACCUUGGCAACCUUGGCUGGCCCACCCGGUCCAGACUCGCCGGCAGCUCACCAGACGCGGAAACGCACGCCCGACAUGGACGACGGACUCAAGGAUAUCAACCACACUGGCGCCUGGCGCCCGCGCCCGCCACACUGGGCAAGGUCAGGACGCAUCUGCGCGCGGACGACUGCGGCGCAGAUGCGAGCGUUGGAGGUCUGCGGAGUUGCCAAGGCGUCGACUGA